GAUAUUAGUCUUAAACCGUCGGGAUCCUCGUGCUGCCGUUAUCACACCGCUGCUAAUGUACUAGUUAUUCUUGAUUUGCUUUCCAGUGACGCUUGUAACUUCCCGCACUCACGCUUCCACUGAGAUCCUCCCACUACAAGUUCUCACACUUUAUACUCGUGUAGUAAGAGCGAACUGACAGUGAACUUUGUUGUUUUCUAAAACUCCGCUCUGAGAAGUUUACAUGUUUGGCUGUGGACGAAAAUAAUUUCGAAAAAAAUCAGCAGCUGAUUCUUGUUGAGGCUUUGUGGCUGCGAACUCCUUUCACAGUAGAUCUAAUUGCUAAUGGAGAAACUGGUGAGCCAUUACUUGUCCAGAAUCUCUUGAGCUCAAUCAUGUCAGUGUGGCUUUUGUGUGCUUUGCUUUUUUCACCGAUUGGCCGAGCAGAACAGGAUGGGCAACCAGUUUCUAUAAAAGAGGUGGAACUGUAUGCAGAAGAAACCUUUUGUGAAAGACCUGAUUGUGGUACAUGGGUGUUGAACAUUAUAUGGAGAGAUGAGUUUGCUGAAAAUGAUAAAUCAGAGAAAGUCAGCUAUGACAUAGAAGUCAUUCGUACUGAACAGAUGAGGACUGUUCAUUUUGAAACCAUACAUGUUAUGGCAAACAAAACAGGCUAUUAUCAUUGGAAAUGGACCUCAUCUAUACCGUUGCAAUGCACUUCCCAUUCGGUCAGACUUAGGCGACGUGAUCAGGAUCACAUUGGUGAAUGGACACAAUUGUAUACGUACAAAGGAAAAGAUCUUAAUGCUACAACAACUGGUGUCUAUCCUAACGGUAAAACUGUCAUGGUUGGGAGUAAUAUCACAUUCUGUUGCAUUGUGGAGAGAGAUCAGGUUCCUUUGCCCAAAUUUCCAAUUCAGAUCAGCAACAGGACAUACAUCUCAGAUCCAGUUCACUUUGAUGAGCCUCUGACCAAAUUCCCUAUUCAGAAAUACACUGUGGUGGUUGGAAAGGCUCCAUUGUAUUUAUUGGCUAUCCCCCCCGACGACCAGAAUCUUGUAUGUGUAACACGGGAUCUCAGCUCUGUGGAGUGUAACUGGAACGUGGGUCGAAACACUCAUCUGACUCAUAACAGAAAGACAAACUAUACACUUAAUGGAAGAAAUUGUGAACCUGGUAAUUGUACCCAACAUGCAUUGAUGAAGCAGAAGACAAAAUGGACCCUGAUUGCCAAAAAUCCUCUUGGUGUGAAGACUCUCAUUGAUGAAGCUGACCCUACAGAACGAGUAUGGUUGAGAGCGCCUAGUAAAAUAUCCCAUAUUGCUAAUGCAAGAAACGUCACUCUUCGAUGGAGUUGGGAUGAGAAAAAUUACACUUUGUUUCUGAUGAUUUGUCAAGUGAAGCUCAAUGGAAACAUUUACACUAAAACCUUCAAUGGAGUGGGACUUUCAUCAGCUGUCCUUGUAAAUCUGCAGCCCUUUGCUAACUACACAGCUCAAGUGACAUGUGGGUCUCUUGAGCACUUCUACAAAUGGGGCGACUGGAGUGAAAUCACUAAGUUCUCCACUAAAGAAGACAUUCCAGAAGCGGUAGAUGUUUGGAUUCAAUAUUCUGAACAAAAAGCAUCUGUCAUGUGGAAGCCUUUAACUCAAGAACAAAGCCAUGGGACAAUUACAGGAUAUGAAAUUACCAUUGAAAACGCCGAAGGCGGGAGCACAAAAAGUAACAUAGGACUAAACAAUAAUAAGCAGCUGUGUUACAACAUUACCUUUGGGAGUGAAAAAAAUGUCACAGUCUCAGCAAAAAACUCUGUCGGUCUUUCUCCUCCUUCUACCAUCAUCAUCCAGAGUAAUCCUGACAAUGAAGUCAGUGUAAGCCGUAUCAAUAGCAGUGACGGUGGCUUUGAAAUAUCUUGGGAAGAAUCCCACAGUUCUACAUGUGGAUAUGUUGUUGAAUGGUUUCCAACCUACAAUAAGACACAAUGUUCUGUAAAAUGGAAGAAGAUCCCAGAAUGUGAGCGUGACGCCUGUUACACACGGAUUCAGUCUGGUAAUUUUGAGGCAGGAGUGAGAUACACCAUCUCGGUCUAUGCCUGCACAGAUAAUAGACCAAAACUUCUCAAGAGGAGUGAGGGUUAUGCUGUUGAGCUAAAACCAGGGAAAGUUCAGAAUCUGACUGGUGAAAAUACUGAAGGAAAUCUUGAGCUUUCCUGGAAAGAAGUGCCCUUAGAUCAGCAAAAAGGCUUUAUAUCGUGCUACAAGGUCAAAACACAGCAUUCUGAUUCUAAAAAUAUUAUGACAGAGACAAAGGUUUUAGUGCCUAAGGUUAAUUUGAAAUUAGAUCCAGGCUCCUAUACCUUCUACGUUAGUGCCUUGACAUCUGGAGGGGAAGGCGACCAUGAAACAUUAGGAUGGACCAUUGAAAAACCAAUUCAGCCGAUGAUUGCAGCCACUCUUGUGGGUUGCAGUGCAGCAACUCUUGUCUUCAUUAUCAUCACAGUCCUAUGCUACAGGAAACGGAAAUGGUUAAAGAAUCUAUUGUAUCCGGAUAUUCCUGAACCAAAACUUGCUGGGAAAUGGAUUACAAAGGGCAUCUAUUGUACCCAGAUGGCCGAAGGGUAUGUGAAGUGUGAAAUCCAAGAGGUCCUCAAUGUAGACCAUCCUGCAGUGUCAGAAAGUCUACAUCGCUUUGACCUCAUCAGCUCUAACUCCAAAGUGGUUCCUGCACAAAAUUUCUACCAGAGCAUUUCUGAAUCUCCUGCUGAUGUCUCAUACUGUCCUAUUGAGAAGCUUACCACAAUUAUUGAUAACCCUUCUUAUAGUAUAACCAUGCCAGAACCAGUUGGUGUUACUCAGAUGUCUGAUCUUACACUGGAAAUGCAGGAUGCUUACCUCCCAGCCCCUAACUUUGUUCAGAAUAAUUUUGUUGUUAAAGACUCAGAAGGCUACAAGCCCCAAGUCAGCAUGUCGUACACAUCUAUAGCUCUAGUAGACAGUCCUCAGUGUCCUGCUAUGUAAUGCAGACCAUGCAUAUGCAAAUUAUGCUAAUGUAAAUGCCUGUGAAUUCAUGUUAUUUAUAAAGUACUGUACUCUUUUCUCAACACUCUCAACUCUUGUAAAAUGAACUGUAAAAUGAAUACUGUGAUGAAAAGAAAAGUGACUUUCUUUAGAACUGCCUCUGUAUAUUUUCAUUAUAUUUGACUCAUACUCUCAACGUGUGACCCCGGCAUUUCAAACCAUUACUGUGAUGUUGCUAGCAUUAUGCUCCAAUAGAGCAAUAGUUCCCUCUUGUGGCUUAAAGACUAUGAUUAUAUAUAAAGACCAAAGUCUAAAUAUAAAGUCUAUGAUGAAAGUAAGAAAAAUGGUUAAACGUGUACAUAUUGUAGAUGUUUUGAUCGCUUUAUUAUAACAGAUGGAAUAUUGCACCUAAAUAUAAAUUCAGUUUGUGCUUAAAGACAUCAACUAUAAGCUUACGUUGUUCAUAUUUUUGUCAGUAAAAUAAAAAUAAAAAAGAA